GACGGAAGAGGAAGCGAGACACCCCACUCGCUGAUUUUGUCUGUUUUUUUCUGGUUCAAUUAAAUUAAGUAGACCAGACCAAGCUGAUAUUGCAUUGGUGUCUAUGGGAGACACACCCAGUUAAAAGUAAGCCGGAACUGACCUUUUUUCAAUGGUAAAAGGCCUGACUGAAUAAUCUUUAUUUAUCCACAAUCUUUGGUCUCGACUAUGUGGAAAGGUGGUUACUGGACUGUUUAACACUGUCCCGAUUGCUUACUGUUUGUUGGUAGUUACAGUCUUGUACAGUAGCGCUCUCUACAUCCACUACGCACAUUUGAGUGGAAGAAGUCUAGCCAGUUUGAUUAUUCUCCAGUCUUGUUUUGUAGGGGUGAAGUUGCUCUCUGCAUUGCAGCCUAGUGCUGCUGAUGGAAUUCAAACACACAAUGGCGACACCCAGCCCCAACAACUCAACAACAUCUACCAGCCACAACAGCAAUAACGCAGGAUCUACAGGCUCACAUCACCACCAAUCCCAGUCGCAACACAUAACAACAAUGAGCAGUAUGCAAGAAUCCAACACGUGCUGGAGAUGUCAGAGUGAAACAGGGUUUCAGAUAAACCUGUCUGGAGCUCCCCCAAGUAAACGCAAAGCACUGAAGUUAAAUUUUGCCAAUCCCCCGAUCAAACCAACGACCAGAUUCACUCUGAAUACAGCAGGACCCCCAUUCCAGAACCCCCACAUAGAGAGGCUGCGUACGCAUAGUAUCGAGUCAUCAGGGAAGUUGAAGACCGCCGGUGGCGAUUGUGACUUCACGGCUGAGGACCUCAAGGACCUGGGGGAGAUUGGGCGGGGCGCUUACGGCUCUGUCAACAAGAUGGUGCACAAGCCCAGCAACCAGAUAAUGGCUGUCAAGAGGAUUAGGUCAACGGUUGAUGAGAAGGAACAGAAGCAGCUGCUAAUGGACCUGGAUGUGGUCAUGAGGAGUAGUGACUGUCUCUACAUAGUUCAGUUUUACGGGGCUCUUUUCAGAGAGGGGGACUGUUGGAUAUGUAUGGAACUUAUGUCUACCUCCUUCGACAAAUUCUACAAAUAUGUAUAUUGUGCUUUAGAUGAUGUGAUUCCAGAGGAAAUAUUAGGCAAAAUAACAUUAGCUACUGUGAAAGCACUUAACCACUUAAAAGAAUACUUGAAAAUAAUUCACAGAGACAUCAAGCCAUCCAACAUCCUCCUGGACAGGAAUGGCAACAUUAAGCUUUGUGAUUUUGGCAUCAGUGGGCAGCUGGUGGACUCCAUUGCCAAAACCAGAGAUGCAGGGUGCAGACCGUACAUGGCACCUGAGAGAAUAGACCCAAGUGCCUCCAGACAAGGCUAUGACGUCCGGUCAGACGUAUGGAGUUUGGGGAUAACACUGUACGAGCUGGCGACUGGGCGGUUUCCCUACCCAAAGUGGAACAGUGUGUUUGACCAGUUGACACAGGUGGUGAAGGGAGAACCUCCACAGCUUACCAACUCAGAAGACAGGCAGUUCUCCCCCAAAUUCAUCAACUUUGUCAAUCUGUGCCUAACAAAGGAUGAGUCAAAAAGGCCAAAGUACAAAGAGCUUCUGAAACAUGCUUUCAUUCUGAUGUAUGAGGAGCGCUCAGUGGAUGUUGCCAGUUACGUCUGCAGAAUCCUGGAUCAGAUGCCUACUUCUCCCAGCUCCCCCAUGUACGUCGACUAGAACAAGUAAUAACGGAAGCCUGGAACAACAACCAAUGACCUAAAGAGUUGCUUCAUCCCAUACUGCAGUGUUAAACUAAGACAGGAAAUGUACAAAUUAAAACACCACGUGUACUAAGACUGGUGAUCAGUCACAUCUGUAUGCUAUCAACAUUCUCACACUUUUCUCUAUCCUACACACACACUUACAUGUAAGUACAACUAGUAACUGAAUGAAUAUACCAUGGUCUUGGUUCACCUCGAUGUGAGACCUCAUCUCUAAUGUGGAUACAGUACAGUGAUUUAAAAUCUGGAAAUGUAUUUAUAGUGUUUAAUCACUUGUGGAAUAUAUGAUUUGGAGAUACUGGAAUCAUGCUCUUUGACUCUUCCCACCUCUUCCAUGUAUGUUACUUUAAGAAUUGUGGUUGGUAUCUUAAAUGAAACCUUGCUUCUUAUGGUGUAAAGCAAUUUAAAACAUAACCGCAUUGAUGGACAGGAUCAUGUGGCCUCCAUCCAAUGUUGUGAGGGUGCUGCCGUCACUGUGCAAUGGACUUUGUGCUGAUAUAUAAAUAAAGAGAGAAAUAAUUGUGCUUUGAGAGACAUUUAGUUACUCUGCAGCUAUUUGAGCUCAGGUUAAUCCUUCGAUGUAAGCAGGCAAGCAACCACACAAACACACUCACUGGCUUCCUCAGCCAUGGCAUAUGCAACACUCACUGGCUUCCUCAGCCAUGGCAUAUGCAACACUCACUGGCUUCCUCAGCCAUGGCAUAUGCAACACUCACUGGCUUCCUCAGCCAUGGCAUAUGCAACACUCACUGGCUUCCUCAGCCAUGGCAUAUGCAACACUCACUGGCUUCCUCAGCCAUGGCAUAUGCAACACUCUCUUUAAAAGCCAAGCUGUAUGUAUGUAUGGUGCUGUUGAUCUGUAAUUAUUCAUAAUGCCAUCUUGUAUCCCUGUAUAUAGCCACACAUUUAUCUGUAAUGAAAUUGCCUAGUGUUCUGGAUGUUGCAACCAUUCUCAUGGACCUGACCGGCCCCUAAUUAUUUCAGCUGAUUGUUUCUUAAAUGCAUGGUACCUGAACUGUUUUCAGACUGUGAUUGACUCCUAUCAUAUUCACAAUGUACACAGAAUCUAGAGGUUUAGUAAACACAGUGUAGUUCACAUCUUUUUAGAUUACCAGAUAUAAUUGAAACUUAGUUGACUGCUGGUAAAAUACUGGUACAGUAGUAAACUAUUAAAGUGGCUGGAUAUCAUUGCAUACAACAUGCAUUUAAAUGUUUGCAGUUUUACUGUAGAACAUUCAAAAUAGAAUAUCUUGCUGGGCAGAAUGUGUAAAAUAUUUAAUGACCUGAGAAUAUUAAAAUGAGCGUAUGAAAUAUAAGGAUGAUGUAUCAAUUUAUUUGAUCUUUCAUCUGACUGAAAAUAUGAGUGUACAUUUUGAGCUUGGUGUCACAGAAAAAUGUAAGAACUAUCCUACAAAUAAAACCUGUACAGGGAUUUGCCUUACUGGUAUUCAUACAGAGUAACUCUGGCAAGUGGCAAUGGAGCAUUUGAAACACAUGAAGACCUUAUUUACUAGUUUUCGCUUUUGUAAUUAAUUAUUUAGACCUUUUGGUCAGGAUAAUUGCUGCACAAUAAAAGAAAGCAACGGCC